AUGGGGAAGCUGCCAGCGCCGAUGAAAAAAAAGCAGCACAAAGAAUUUAUCGAGGCCUUCAAAAAGUUAAUCCUCGAUGAAGGCUACAUCCCUCAACAAGUCUUCAACUGUGAUGAAACGGGGUUUUUCUGGAAGAAAAUGCCCCCGUCGUACAUACAUCACAGAAGAAGAAAAAGAAACUUCUUGGACACAAAACCCUUGAAGGAUAGGCUUACUCUUGCCCUAUGUGCGAAUGCCAGUGGGGAUUUAAAAAUAAAAACCCCUACUGGUAUACCACUCAAAAAUCCUUGUGCUUCAAGGUACAUAAUGUGUCGAAGGAUAAGCUCGCCGUCUUUUGGAGGUCCAACGCCAAAGCUUGGGUCACGAGGCUUUUAUUUGUUGAGUGGGUUAAUUGCUGCUUUCGGACCUGCAGUGAAAAAAUAUUUAGAGGAGAAUGGUCUUCCUCUAAAAUGCCUCCUUGUGCUCGACAAUGCCCCUGCUCAUCCUCCUGGCCUUGAAAGAACAGAUACAUCCCGACUUCGACUUCAUCAAAGUGCUCUAUCUGCCACUGAACACCACUUCCAUCCUCCAGCCUAUGGACCAGCAAAAAAGGCAUGGGGUGAGGUCUCAAGGUGCACCUUGAACUCAGCAUGGAGGAAACUCUGGACAGCUGUGGUUGCAGAACGAGACUUUGAGGGUUUCGAAAUCCCUACUGAAGAAGCUGUGGAUGAUCCUGCUCCAUUGGAGGAGAUUAUUUCUCUGUCAAAGUCUCUGGGGCUUGUCGUCGAUGAGGCUGACAUUGACAACCUACUCGAUGAGCACAAGGAGGAGCUCAACACUGACGACUUGAAGGCAUUGGAGGCGAUGGAAAUUAGCGAUCUUCAAGAGGAACAUCAUUCGAGUGUUGAGGAGGAGGUGGAGGUGGCACUGACAUCUAGGAAUACGGGAAGCCAUCGGUUUGAUCAAGGAUUUUUACUUGGCCUUAGAAGACUUAUUGCUCGCAGAAGGAGGCCAUCCAUAAUUUAUAGCGAUGAGUUGAAAUACCAUCGAGAUAGGAGCUGCACAAACAAGAUCCACUGGAACUGCAGUCCACCCCCAGCAUCAUGGUUGGGUGGCUUUUGGAAACGACUUGUUCAAAUGAUUAAAGAAGCUUUUGCGUUGAGUCCUAGGUCAGUCGUGUCUGAAUUAUGA